CUUCACGACACCCACCAUAAGCCCAACAAAUGGUGUGGCUUUUGAAGGGUGGGACGGCGAAUGCGGAGGAGGCAGUCAGCCCAUAAGGCGAACCCCGCAGACCUCUUUGAUCAGUCGCUUGCGUACGCGUACGUACUUUUUUGUUAACUGCAUGUGAUCCCAUAUGCAUCUCGUUUGAUGUACCAAUCUAGGAUGCGAUUGGAAACAACUUUAAUGUUCUGGAAUUACCAAGUAUCACUCUGAAUCAUUUCGAUUCCUUUUUCAUACUGACUGUUUGUUUUGACGGGCCACACGAUCUGUCGUAUGGGGUUGUGUGUACUGCUCGAUCACCAUUCCUUGGAUUUUAUCCAUAAUAUCGGUAAACAAGUGACUCAAGGAGGUCCCCAGCAACAAUCGCAGAUCGAAACAAAAAUAUCACGUGGUGGAUACAACGCAUCAAAAUUUAGAAGCGGUCUGACUCGACUGGUGUUGUACCCGGGCGAAGCUGGUGAGGCUACGAGAAAAAAAAAAAAAAAGGUUUUUACCCAGGCUGAAAACCAAGAGAAACCCACACAGAGACUCAGCCGCAUACGAGUAGUUUCAAUACGUAACACUAAUGGCAACCUCACACUGCCUAGUGCUUCCUUUUGAAUAAGAAAUCGAAAGGGGUUCGCAAGACCGUCGGGUACUAGCUCCGAAAAUGGUGGGCUAGAGUCUUCGUGUCCUUGUAGGGCAACUUGGUAUAUUACGGUUCUCUUAGCUCCAUCUAUUUCGGGGGAACGGUUUGUCCCUUGGUUGCCCUCUCGUGAAGCUUUAGUCUAGCUCAUCCAGAAAUUGGUCUGACCAGAAGAGCACUGACUAAACAUUGCGAGGCUGCCAAGUUUGAACCAAACUUACUAGGCGCCAGGGGAAAAAAAAGAACCGUUGUUAGUCGUAUUACUUGUUUUGGCCUUAUAAACAAACACGUAUCUGCAAUCCAGAUGGGUGUUUGCUACAGAAGACAUCAACGGCAUUUUUCUCACUUUUAACAUCCACUUUGGUGGGACUACAUUCGCUUUUUUACUUUCUCACAUCCACUUUGGUGGAACUUCAUUCGUUUUUCUUUUCUUUCUAUUUUAAACUUUGUCAAUAUUCUGGAGGCUUUAUUCCUCCCAGUCACUCGCUCAGCCAUCCUUCCAUUCUUUCUUCAAAAAAUAAGAUGCGCUCCUUUUUUGCAGUCACCUUUGUGCUACUCACGCUGACCGGCUCAGGCUUUGGUCUCAGCGUUAGCAACGAUGCGACCUGCGGCGGAAACACGGACAAGACGUGCCUUGGAUCUGUUUUUGGCAACUGCUGUUCGCAGUAUGGAUAUUGCGGUAGCACCACGGAUCACUGCAGUGGAGGUUGUCAAGCCGGGUUUGGAUCCUGCUCUUCUGGUGGUGGUAGCCAGCCCGCUCCCGUACUGAAGGCCAGUUCUGAUGGCACCUGCGGAGGCAGCACCGGCUCUACCUGCGCCGGCUCUCCCUUUGGCACCUGCUGCUCUCAGUAUGGAUAUUGUGGAAGCACCGAUGCCCACUGCACUGGGGGUUGUCAGUCUGGUUUCGGCUCCUGCUCUUCUGGCGGCGGCGGCGGUGGUGGUAGCCAGCCUGCACCAGUCCUCAAGGCCUCCUCCGAUGGUACUUGUGGUGGCAGCAGUGGUUCUACUUGUGCCGGGUCGGUUUUUGGCAACUGCUGUAGCUCGAAUGGCUGGUGUGGAAGCAGUGACGCCUAUUGUGGUCAGGGCUGCCAAGCUGGAUUCGGCAAUUGCGGUUCUACCCAGCCGUCUGGGACUUCUACUCCUACUGGCACUUCCACACCCACACCGACUUCGACUCCUACACAGCUUGCCGCUUGUCUCUCGGCAGCAAACGUACCUGCCAUCUACCCAGGUUCUUCCGACUACAACAAACUCGCCAAGCCGUACAAUGUUCGUCUUCCUUUCAAGCCGGCAGUCAUCGUUCUCGCCACAACAGUCCAGCAUGUUCAGAAUGCAGUCAACUGUGCUAGAAAUGCCAUGAUCAAGGUCCAAGCCAGGAGCGGCGGUCAUUCGUAUGCCGCGUUUGGCCUCGGUGGUCAGGAUGGAUCGAUGAUGGUGGAUCUACAAGGAAUGCAGUCCAUCUCUAUUGAUUCCAAGAACGUUGCCAAAGUCGGUGGUGGCGUGAGGCUAGGAAACCUAGCCAACACGCUAUACAGCCAAGGCAAGCGUGCCGUUUCUCACGGUACCUGCCCCGGCGUGGGCAUCGGUGGUCACUUUACUCACGGCGGCUUUGGUUACAGCUCGCGGGCAUGGGGUCUCGCUCUCGAUCACAUCACACAGCUCGAGGUUGUCACGGCGGACGGCAAGGUUGUCAUGGCUAGUGCGACGCAGAACACCGACCUCUUUUACGCCAUGCGUGGCGCCGCCGAGUCGUUUGGUAUCGUCACGACUUUCUAUCUCAAGACCGAGGCUGCCCCUACGGCCGUCGUAAACUGGUCGUUCGGCUUUGCGAACCAGUUCAAUACUCCAUCUGUCGGUGCUAAAACUAUGCUGCGCAUCCAAGAUUUCGCCCGCAACGCCUCGGUCGUCGACCGCAAGUUGGGAAUGGGAGUGUACCUGGACGGCGAGACUUUUAGCUUCAGCGGCACCUACUUUGGCAGCAUUGACGACUUUAACAACAAGAUCAAGCCCGAGCUCCUCCGCGGUAUGCCUACUCCAGCUUCUCAGAGCGUCAAGUCGGUCGGCUGGAUCGAGAGCCUUACCAUGCUGUCGGGCCAGACCAGCAUCGUCGAGUCGACACAGACCGGCGGCUACGACCAGCACGACAACUUCCUGGCCAAGUCGCUGGUCGUGCCCGAGUCGUCGCCCAUCACAUCCGAGGCUAUGAACUCGUACUUUCAGACCAUCAAGGACAAGUCGGCCGCGGCGGGGGCGUCGUGGUUCUCAAUCUUCAACCUAUACGGUGGACCAGACUCCCAAAUCAACACCGUGUCGGCCGCGAGCUCGUCCUACUCUGACCGGACCGCGCUCUGGGUCAUCCAAAACUAUGGCUCCGCCAGCGUCGACACGAGCCCGUUCCCUCUGAACACGAUGCAGACGUACCUGUCGGCGCUCAACUCGGCCCUGCAGCUUAGGAGCACUACUGGGUUCGGGGCGUACCUCAACUAUGUCGACCCCACGCUCUCGGCUGACCAGGCUCACGAUCUCUACUACGGGAAGACGACGUACAGCAAGCUUCAGUCCAUCAAGAGGGUUGUGGACCCCAACCAGCUGUUCUGGAACCCGCAGGCCGUUACUAUUUGAGACAUAAUGAGGAGAUGGGGGUUUCCGAUUAAUGGAGUGUGAUUCGGAAUGAUAUUACUUUGCGAUGCGAAAAAACUUAAUCAAUGGAGACAAUCUACCUAGACAGACCUCCUACGUUCGGCGUAGUUGCAUAAAAGACAUGAAUAAAUGCUAG